UUUCCAUGGCUUCUCAAGAAGACCAUCAAUCACGAGAUUUCCCAAAAGUGCUGCUUUUGAAGCCCAUGAGCACUCUCAUUGGUGAACAACCAUUUACGUCCACCAAGUUCCAAUAUUUGAAGGCCUACGAGUCACCUCUAGCUCUGCAUCAGUUCUUGGCCACUCACGCACAAGAGAUCCAGGCAAUCCUCUCCUACGACAGCGCCCCUGUUAACGCGGAGAUCCUCCGCCAGCUCCCUAAUGUGCGUGUGGUCGUCACCACCACCGCUGGCGUAAACCAUAUCGACCUGCCCGAGUGUUGCCGCCGUGGCAUUAUUGUUGCCAAUUCGGGCGAUAUUUAUUCAUCUGACGUGGCGGACGUGGCCGUGGGUUUACUGAUUUCUGUGUUGAGGAAAAUCACCGCUGCUGAUCGGUAUAUGAAGCAAGGGCUUAGGGCUGCCAGAGGAGAUUAUCCUCUUGGUUCUAAGUUGGGAGGCAAGCGAGUUGGGAUUGUCGGACUAGGACACAUUGGAUCCCUAGUUGCUAAAAGGCUUGAAGCUUUUGGAUGCCAAAUAUCUUACAACUCCAGGAAGAAAAAACCCUGUGUCUCGUACCCCUUUUAUGCAGAACUACGAGAACUUGCAGCUAAUAGUGAUGCCCUUAUUGUUUGCUGUGGAUUGACUGAAAAAACUUAUCACAUGAUUGAUAAGGAAGUAUUAGCCGCUCUAGGGAAGGAUGGAGUAAUCGUUAAUAUUGGGCGCGGGCCUAUAAUCGAUGAGAAGGAAAUGGUGCGACGUUUGGUGCAAGGAGAGCUUGGAGGUGCUGGUUUGGAUGUGUUUGAGAAUGAGCCUGAUGUUCCUAAGGAGCUCUUUGCAUUGGACAAUGUUGUGAUGACACCACAUAAUGCAGUACUUACACCGGAAUCUUUGAAGGAUGUAGCGAAACAUGCGGUGGGGAACUUGGAAGCUUUCUUUGCAAACAGACCAUUACUUUCUCCAUACAUGGAUGAAUGAAUUGAGUUUGCUGUUUUAUCCAUCGGCAUCGAUACGCCAGUAGUCUAUUCGGUAGUUCUGUUUAUUCUGUUAAUUGGAGGUGAAUUUCUCUUUUGUUUUUUAACUAUUAAGUCAUGACAAACAUAUUUGAAGGAAGAUAUAUCAUAUGUGUCCCCAAUCAGAUACAUUGUCUGAACCAGUCCCUAUUUUUUCUUAACCAAAUUUCUCAUAUGUUGUGUUUUUAUGUAAUUGGUCUUCAGUCCGUGUG